CCAUAAACCGCCACCCUAAAGAAGAUUGCAGAGAUAAACUUGUCCAAGUGUUAUAAAAGUAUUGUUGUCAUGCUCAUUUGUAUAAUGGGGAGGUUUUUUUUUUUUGAUAAGUGGCCUCCUCUGCUCCUCUACCAUAAUGACACAUAAUGGCUACCAUAAUGGCACUAAUUACUUGACGUCUUAAAACACAUAGGUGCGUAAUGGUGAGAGUCGUGAGACUCCAGUGUAGAUUUGCUUUAGCGUUAAGCACUAAUGAAAUAUUACUGUUGUCUUUCCAAAGUAAGACGACUGUUCCGAAGUUACAGCCUACUGAUGGUCAAAUCAGGCACAGCUCGUCAGUCAAUAUACCCAUCAUUGUGUAGCCUAACUGUUUUCAGUCCAUAAAGCUUCAACUUACGUUUAUAGCCUGCUACUGAACUUGGAGGGCAGAAUGUAGUCGGAUGACAUGUUUCCUAAAACCCAGCGAUAGAGCAGUGUAUAGCAACUCAUAUAUCCAUGGUGACUUUUACGCGUGUAGUCUGUAGCUCAUUCAAGUUUAACCGGCUUCUGUGAGUUGCAUCAGUAAACCAGACUGAUCACCUAGGCUCGCCUCCACGUCGUUUGGUGGCAGUAUAGCCUACUGUAUUUGUUAGAAACACAUCUGCGAAGUGCAAACCAUAGAAGAGGAGGUCAAAGAUGCCUGUAGUCCUCGCAGUUGUAGUUUACAGGCGUUGUGUAAUGUGGAAUCUUCACUGUUAUUAAACUGACUUUAGGGCUGUAAGGCAGGUUACAGCCUACGCAAAGUCAAGGUGUAAAGUGCGCUUGUUGCUAUGAUUUGAGCUUCCUUGACGUUUGGAAGAAGGGGAGACCAAUUUGCAACAUCCAUGCAAAGAUGUUCGCAAAAGCUGUAAUACUACCUGUCAGGAGUUACCUUAGGACGGCAAAUGUCGUCUCCCUGAGGCAUUUGUAUUGCACUCACCUGAAAUCGUCAAGCGUAAGGGUGCUGUACGAUGGUGAGUGCCCAGUUUGCGUGAAAGAGAUCAAUUUUCUGCAGUUCCUGCAGAAGAACCGAGCAGAGAAAGUGGACUUUGUGGAUAUAUCUCUUCAAGAUUACGAUGGAGCCUGCUAUGGCGGGAUCAGCUACGAGAAGGCGAUGGAGGAAAUGCAUGUGAUCGAUGAACAUGAUCAGGUGCAUGUGGGCGUCCCGGCCUUCAAUGUGAUGUACACGGCGGUGGGGCUGGGCUGGGUGGGGCGCUUCAUCUCGUGGCCUUACGUCCGGCCCCUGAUGGACAAAGCCUACGCCGUCUUUGCCAGAAACCGCCUGCGCUGGACCGGCCGAGAGGAGUGCACGACUGGACGCUGCGCCAAGAAGAACGAUUAAGGGACAACAGAAUGAUGCCGAGGAAGAGGAAGAGGAGGAGGGAGAGGAAGAGGGAUUCCGAUCCGCUAUUAAUGUGUGACUAGAUCAUGAGGCCCGUGGCAGAGCGCUGAACAGCUCAACAUCACUUUCUCCACUCGUGUUUUGGACCAGUUUGCAAACGACGUGUACUGAGCUGAUCAGUGCACACAGAGGCCCGUGUCAUUGUGUUUGGGCUGUGAGAGUGGACACUGCGUGCUGAUUGGUUGUUGAGAGUACACCCAGGGAUACCUAGAAAAACAAAGGACACAAAUACACCCUCAUUGACAUCCAGAGAGGAAGCAGCAGAGCAAUGUGCACAUGAUGUCCCCUGCUGCAUGGCAUGCUCCCGCUGCUCACACUAUUUACUAAACACAAGCAUCAGUCAAUCUCCACGCCACCAGCUUCAACUGAUCCACCUCACGCUGCUGCUACAGCCCUGCCAAGAUAUUUAGUUUAUCCCGUCUGCGUCUAUCACUGUCAGGUUUCAUCUGUGGCCUUCAGAAAGAAGGUGUGUACAUAUUGCUGUAGCAUUGGUUAUU